AUGUCAGGACGCGGCGGCGGCGGUGGUCGCAGAGUACUGCUUCCUCCCAUCAACUUCAUCUUCAGACUCCUUCAGCAGCACACGACCGUCCAGAUUUGGCUGUACGAGCAGCUUUCGAUUCGAAUCGAAGGCAAGAUCAGGGUGCGGCGAGUCGUCGAGGUUCUAUCAAGAAGCGCUGUACUGACUUGGAGAUCACAGGGCUUUGACGAGUUUAUGAAUCUUGUCAUUGAUGAUGCAGUCGAGGUCAAGCAGGUCACAAAGACGAACCCGGAGGAAUCACGGCGGCCACUGGGUCAAAUAUUGCUGAAGGGUGACAAUGUCUCGCUGAUUCAGAGUGUCUCGGAAUAG